AUGGAUGUUUUAGUUGCAGGUCAAGACAAGGUUUCAGGAAUUAAAAUUCUAACCUCUUCGAGAGAAAUCAAAUUCUUCGAAUAUGUUGAAUAUGUUGCACCAAAGGGACACAUGCAAAAAGGUUAUAACUCCACAACACGGAGGUUAGGAGGUAGCGUGAAAUUCACACCAGCACUGAGGCCAUCCCCAUUGACACAGAGGUCGAGCAAAAUAGCUCCUUCGACGACACAGAGAUCGCAAAGGGAUGGGAUAGGACAAUGGCAAGCUAAUAAACUCUCCAUUGAGGUCAAGUGGAAAACUUCACCUUAA